CAUCACAUGAAAACAAUUUGUUUAUGAUAUCAUUCAUCUUGCAGUGAUUGCUACAUAGAGAAAUGUGUCAUGAAUAAUUAUUUUGGAAUUGGCUUGGAUGCAAAAAUUUCUUUGGAUUUCAACAACAAGCGUGAUGAACAUCCAGAGAAAUGCAGAAGUCGUACAAAAAAUAUGAUGUGGUACGGAGUUCUUGGGACAAAGGAACUGCUACACAGAACUUACAAAAACUUAGAACAGAAGGUUUUGUUAGAGUGUGAUGGGCGUCCAAUCCCUUUGCCCAGUCUUCAAGGAAUUGCUGUCCUCAACAUCCCCAGCUAUGCAGGAGGCACAAACUUCUGGGGAGGAACUAAAGAAGAUGAUACAUUUACAGCUCCUUCUUUUGAUGAUAAGAUCCUAGAAGUGGUUGCAGUAUUUGGAAGUAUGCAGAUGGCUGUCUCUCGUGUAAUUAAUCUUCAGCAUCAUCGGAUAGCCCAGUGCCGAACUGUGAAGAUUGCAAUCCUCGGAGAUGAGGGAGUCCCUGUGCAAGUUGAUGGAGAGGCUUGGAUUCAGCCCCCAGGAUAUAUUUGGAUUGUUCAUAAAAACAGGGCACAAACAUUAACCAGAGACAGGGCAUUUGAAAAUACCCUAAAGUCUUGGGAAGACAAACAAAAGUGUGAACUGCCCAGACCUCCCUCUUUCACUCUGCAUCCUGAGAUUAUAUCUGAGGAAGAAUCAACUCUCAUUAAUCAGUUUUGCAGAGCAGCUGGAGCUCUGAUUCACAGCAUUCGAGAAAUAGCCCAAGCAUUCCAGGAUAUGGAACAAGAACUUGCUCAUGCUGUCAAUGCUAGCUCCAAAUCUAUGGACAAAGUGUAUGCAAAAUCCAAGUCUACAGAGGGCCUGAAUUGCAACCUUGUAGUAGAAAUGGUAAAUAAUGUGAAAGCCUUGCACAAUGAAACAGAACUUCUUCUGGCUGGAAAAAUGGCUCUGCAGUUGGAUCCUCCCCAGAAAGAACAGCUCCAAGCUGCAUUGACAGAUAUGGACUUUCACAUAAGGAAACUAGCAGAUAUUCCAUGGCUGUGGCAACUCAUGGAGCCCAGUGAUGAAGAGAACCAAAUGCUGGAUUAUUCUAAACGCAGCCGAAGCGGCAAAUUUCGUCUGGUGAAAUUUAAAAAGGAUAAAAACAACAAGAAUAAGGAGACAAGCAGUAGCUUGGGAUUGCCGGUUCACCUCUGGGGAACAGAGGAGGUUGCAGCCUGGCUUGAACAUCUCAGUCUUUGUGAGUAUAAAGAUAUAUUCAUCCGGCAUGACGUCCGGGGCUCUGAGCUCCUGCAUCUGGAACGGAGAGAUCUCAAGGAUCUAGGAGUAACCAAAGUGGGUCACAUGAAGAGAAUAUUACAUGGGAUCAAGGAGCUGAGCAAGAAUAUUCCUGUCACCGAGGCUUAAACACUGUUUUUGGAGCCUGCUUCUACCAUUCCUCCUGAUCUCUGCACAAUUGAAAGCUGACAGGGCACAUAUGCUCAGGAGGUUGUCCCUGUGGAACAGCCAAAUAGUAUCAGUGUUCAGAGCUCACAUCCAGCUUUUUAUGGUGCUACUGUUCUGAUGUGGCAUAGAGUGCAAUCUACUCUACAAGUCACACUUUGCUAGACUAGGUGUUACUUGACUUCCUCAGUCUCAGUGUCCUUUAUUCAAACUUGAAUACUCUUGAUGCUGAGCAUCCUCACUGAUUUCUGUCAGUCAAGAUUGGUAAACCAGCCUAUGGAUCCACAACUUUUGAGGGAGAGUUAAGUCACCAAAGUCAAUGCUAAAGACACCAUGAUUUAAGAAUUGUGACAGGCAUUAAGAGUAAUGAAAACACCUGUUUUUCAAGCAUGCACAACUAUAAAAUUAGAUGUCAAAAAUGAAAAAAGGGCAUUUGUAAAUCUACUAUUUAGGAAAUUUUUAAAAAUUAAUUCACCGAUUAUACAGUUAAUACAUAACCUUUGUAAUAACUGCCAUAGGACUUAAAUUAGGAAGAGACUCUUUUAUCAUGCAUUUUCCUGACAGUCUUUUUUCGGUGCCAGAAAUGCAUAUAACCACUUGUCUAAAUCUGCCUUGUUCUUUUCUGGUUCUGCUGUCUAAUAUUCAUGGAUACUAAUAUUGUUGUUUAAAACAUCAGUCCCUGGAGAAACGUGGGAAGGACCCAGAAAUGCUCCAAGUUAGCAGAAUAUGCUGAUCCUUAACAGUACUGUUGUUCAAUGCAUAUACAUCAGAAAGUUAAUUCUCCAGUAUUUAAAAAAAAAUUGCUAUGAUUAUAAUGAAAAUAUGUCACAGUCAAGUAGAAAACAGCACUUUAUUGUUGAUGAUAAACAUAUGGCAAUUUCUUCCAUUUCCCAUUGAACACCUCAGGGAGUAAAAUCAAUAUAUAAUUUUAGGAAAAAAUGCAGUAAAAAGGGAUGAAUUUCUAAACUUUAACCAUAGAAGAAUUAUAGUGCUUGCUAUGUGUUUCUUUUAAAAAUCAUGUGAAAUUAGGAAUGUUUGACUAAAUUGUUCUUAUCCUGAAUAGUCUACCUUUCUCUUUUGACAUAACCUGGCAUUUCCCCCCUUUUUAAUCUAUGCUGAAUUUGAGAGUCAUCACUCUUUCAAUAUCUGCAUUUGCAGAGUUCUGUCAUAAUUUGAGUUUUCAUAAUAAAUUAGCUUUUAAACUUGUAUUAACACCAUCGCAUCCCAAGAUAUUAAUAAGUAAGGAUAAUUUUCUAUCUUGGCCUCUUUUUUGUUGACCUAUAUAGUUAAAUCCCUUUCUACAUAAUGGAAGUCCUGAAUCCCAAAUUUCAUGAACAGUAUAGCUGCAUCAGAUUGACACUAUGUGUUAUUUAUCUGCCUUACAUGGUAUUUGGAGUAUCUAGUAUUGUUUAUUUGAAGCUGAGUUUUUUUCCUUAAGGAAGGAAGUAUUAAAAAGUGCCAUGAUAUACCAGAGCUUUCAAUUUGGCAAUGUAAAGUUUCUAUUUUAUUGUAUUUUUUAUUUUAUAAAAAAGUAUAAGGUGUUCUGUUUUGAGGGCAAAAAUACACAGUUGGAUUGCUCAAGCUAAUGUUUCUUGGCACUUCAUUAAAUUGUGAGCCAUAACAUUUGAAUUGGUCCAUUAAAUUUCAGAGAACUUGGUAGAAUAUAAGAAAAAGUAUUUACCCUAGAAAGUGCCAAUGUCGGAAGUAACUGUAUUUUAAUAACAUACUGUGAAUUUGAAAAAAAACAUUAACAUUUCAAUUGUAAAUAAAAUCUCCUGGACUUACCACAAUCAACAAACUUUAUUGAUUAGUCAUCUAACCAUAUCAAAAAACUACAAAACCAGUACAGAAAAAAGAGUAGGACAGGAAUAACAAACAUUACCUCUACAACACGUAAUCUGUUCUAUAUAGUCUGUUCUCUUUGAAAUGGCUUUUGAUAUAAAAAUUACAAUCUUGAUAAUGAUAUGCAGGUUCUGCUCUGCAAGAAUAAUGCCAUUUUUUCUGGGUGACCCAGGUGGUUUUUUAAAAGGUUUUUAAGUAAAGAUCUAAAUAAAUGGUCCUUUCUGCAGAAUAUAGUUUGCAACCAAACUCCUGUACUCACCAAAAGUUGUUCCGGGAAACCAUAUUGUUUAACAGUGAGGUUUUAAGGACAUAGCACAGACUGCAGAUGAAAGAAUUGUCCCUAUCCCUAUUUAUGCUUAUCAAAGGGAUUCCAUUGACAGGGACAAUUAACUGGAUAAAAUCUAUUUGUGUUUGUUUUAAUCUGGUUAUAUUUUUUGCUCCUGAAAGAUCACUUUUGAAUUCAUUGCAGUUAUUUGACAACUACAUGAAAGUGAAAUACACUUCCAUGCUUGGUUAUUUAAGAAAUUCUCAGUAUAUGCAUAGGAUUCCCGCCAAAUUAUUAUUAUGUUUAAAUUGAAUGAAAUUAUUCACAUUUUUGGCAAUGGUUUCUCACCAAGUAAAAUUCCACUAAUUUUACUUCUCCAAUAGGAACUGAAAAGGCACACAUGCUGGCUGUCCCUUGAAAACCUCUAACACCUGUAUUAUUUUGAAAUGAUUUGAGUAUUAUUUAAAAGUGAAUAUAGUAUGAAUGGUAAAUUAAAGACUGUUUACACAAAACUCGUAUCUUAACAGAUAUUUGUGAUGUAAAAAAAAGAGUUGUUUUUAUAAGUCAUUUGAUGUGUGUAUUGUUAACCGUGAUAACUGUUCUACAGGGGAAAUAUAACUAUUGCAGUGAUCAGACAAAAGCAUAGGGAAACAUUUAAUUCCUGUACAGUUUGGGAAAGAAGGUAUUGUGCCUUAAGAAUAUAACAUGCUAUUUAUUAUUUAAUUUAUACUGUCAUUACCGUGAAAGCAUCUCUUGUUUGUACAUAUUUUGCAGUUGAUUGUUGUAAAUAUAAUGUUCUUGUAUAUAAAGACAAUCUCUUUCUGAUCUUGCUGUAAAUAAUUGAUUUGUUGCUGUAGUAAUUAGAGAAACAGUAUUUAAUAUGGCUUGUCAGUAGUGAGAGAAAUGCAAAUGUAUUAAGUAAAACUGACCUUAAAAUUAUAGAAGGAUCUUGAAGCAUAACUAGACUGAAUAGCAUCUGUAAUGCCCACCAAUUUAUGGGCAGAGGUGGAGAGAAUGGGGGGAGGGAGAGAAAGGGAGAGAGGCUGCCUGAAACCAUAGUUGUAGUCCUUAAUACUUUGUACUUUAUGAUAUGCAUUGUGAUUCUCUGUAAAGAACUUGGAAGCAUUUCAUUAGAAGUGUAUCAAUUUUUCAUCUAAGAAAUUCAAGGAAUAUUUAUCCAUAAAAUACCACACAAAGUAGAUUAGCUUAAAGUUGGUAAAUGUAAUUUUAUAAUUUGCUUUAUUAUUGAGAUGAAGUACACAAAGUAUUUUAAAAAUACAACAACAAAGUAAAACAAAUAGAAAAAUGUAAGCUUGGUUUUAAGAAGAACAAUAAAGAUGCCUAACUGUAACCACAUGCAAUGGAUGGUUUAUUAGGAGAAAAUAUAUAUAUAGCCAAUUUUCUUGCUCAUUGUUGUUUAUAGCCAGAUUGUCGUGAAUUUCACUGUUAAAAAUGUGGAUUUUAAUUCAGAUGACUGACAUGAUUUUCUGUGUCUGACAAUUGCAAUUGCAGCUUUUCAUAUAUUUUCUUAGGCAAUUCUCAAUACUUUUUCCCUAUGGAGAAUAUUGGUUUUUUACUUUUCUCUUUUAGACAUCUUAAAUUAGAAGAAGGAAAAAAUAUUUUGAAACAUCCUGAACUGGGCACUUUAAUAUCACAUUUUGGAUUUUGGAUUACAGCCUCUAGCAACCCUAGCAACCAUAAUUUGUUUAGAGACACAAAAGGUGCCUUACUGAAUGAUCUCCAUUCUAAAACCUGAGAAGGGGGAAAAAAAGAAGAAGCUGGACCUGCAUUUCUAACUUUAAUCCUUAUAAUACAGUAUAUGAGAAUAUCACCGGUUAUUUUUCUAAGUCUCAAACUCCAAGUGUCUGAUAAAUAAAAUAUGUUUUUCUCUA